CCGUCCCGGCUCGCGCUGCCUUUGGGUUGACGUGUCUGCAUUUCCUCGGCGGCUCAGCGACUAGGGCCGUGAUGGCGGACGCCUGGGAAGAGAUUAGGCGGUUGGCGGCUGACUUCCAGCGGGCGCAGUUCGCCGAGGCCACACAGAGAUUGUCAGAGCGGAACUGCAUUGAGAUUGUGAAUAAAUUGAUUGCUCAGAAACAGCUGGAAGUAGUUCACACGCUUGAUGGGAAGGAAUAUAUUACUCCAGCCCAAAUUAGUAAAGAAAUGAGAGAUGAGCUACAUGUCAGAGGUGGUCGAGUAAACAUUGUUGAUCUGCAACAGGUGAUUAAUGUGGAUCUGACUCAUAUUGAAAAUAGAAUUGGUGACAUUGUUAAAUCAGAAAAGCAUGUUCAGCUAGUGUUGGGACAACUGAUAGAUGAGAACUAUUUGGAUCGAUUAGCAGAAGAGGUAAAUGAUAAAUUGCAAGAAAGUGGUCAGGUAACCAUAUCAGAACUGUGUAAAACCUAUGAUCUUCCUGGAAACUUUCUGACACAGGCGCUAACUCAGCGACUAGGUAGAAUAAUUAAUGGACACAUUGAUCUUGAUAACAGAGGAGUAAUAUUUACUGAAGCUUUUGUAGCUCGACAUAAAGCACGCAUCCGCGGACUGUUCAGUGCUAUUACCCGGCCUACAGCAGUGAAUUCUUUGAUUUCAAAAUACGGAUUUCAGGAGCAACUUCUUUACUCUGUGCUUGAGGAACUUGUUAAUAGUGGACGAUUACGAGGCACUGUGGUUGGUGGGAGACAAGAUAAGGCGGUUUUUGUUCCUGACAUUUACUCCAGAACACAGAGUGCUUGGGUGGAUUCCUUUUUCAGGCAGAAUGGCUAUCUAGAAUUUGAUGCUUUAUCCAGACUUGGAAUCCCAGAUGCUGUGAGCUACAUCAAGAAAAGAUAUAAGACUACACAACUCUUGUUUUUGAAGGCAGCGUGUGUUGGUCAAGGACUUGUGGAUCAGGUGGAAGCGUCGGUAGAGGAAGCCAUCAGCUCUGGAACAUGGGUUGAUAUUGCGCCUCUGCUACCCAGUUCUUUCUCAGUUGAAGAUGCUGCAAUGUUGCUUCAACAGGUGAUGAGAGCAUUCAGCAAACAGGCUUCAGCUGUAGUCUUUAGCGACACCGUGGUAGUCAGUGAAAAAUUUAUAAAUGACUGUUCAGAUCUCUUCAGUGAACUGAUGCACCAAAAAGCUGAAAAGGAAAUGAAAAAUAAUCCUGUGCAUGUAAUCACUGAAGAAGAUCUGAAACAAGUUUCCAUUCUAGAAAGCAUUAAUACAAGUAAAAAGGAUAAAAAAGAUGAACGAAGGAGGAAAGCAACAGAGGGCAGUGGAAGUGUGAGAGGAGGUGGCGGUGGCAAUGCCAGAGAGUACAAAAUUAAAAAAACCAAGAAGAAAGGAAGAAAAGAUGAUGAAAGUGAUGACGAAUCAUCUCAUACUGUAAAGAAGAAGCCAGAGAUCACUUUUAUGUUCCAAGAUGAAAUUGAAGACUUUUUAAGAAAACACACACAAGAUGCCCCUGAGGAAUUUAUUUCUGAACUUGCCGAGUACUUAGUAAGACCUCUUAAUAAAACUUAUCUCGAGGUGGUACGUUCAGUAUUCAUGUCUUCAACUUCUGCCUCUGGAACUGGAAGAAAGCGCACAAUCAAGGACUUGCAAGAAGAGGUUUCAAACCUUUACAAUAAUAUUCGAUUGUUUGAAAAAGGGAUGAAGUUCUUUACAGAUGAUACGCAGGCUGCUCUCACCAAGCACUUACUGAAGACAGUGUGUACUGAUAUCACCAACCUCAUUUUCAACUUCUUAGCUUCGGAUUUAAUGAUGGCAGUAGACGAUCCUGCAACCAUUACAAGUGAAGUAAGAAAAAAAAUAUUAACUAAAUUACCAGAAGAAAAUAAAGUAGCUCUCUCUAAGCUCCACAGCGCUCUGAAUGAGAAGAGCAUAGAAGACUUUCUUUCUUGUCUGGAUUCUGCAGCAGAAGCUUGUGAUAUUAUGGUGAAAAAGGGAGACAAAAAAAGGGAAAGGCAGAUACUGUUCCAGCAUCGGCAAGCACUGGCUGAACAGCUAAAAGUCACAGAAGACCCUGCUCUCAUUCUGCACCUCACAUCAGUCCUGUUGUUUCAGUUCUCAACCCACAGCAUGCUCCAUGCACCUGGAAGAUGUGUCCCACAGAUCAUUGCUUUUCUUAGUGGGAAAAUUCCAGAGGAUCAGCAUACUCUUUUGGUAAAGUAUCAAGGUUUGGUUGUAAAGCAGUUAGUAAGCCAAAAUAAGAAGACUGGGCAGGGAGAUGAUCCCUUGAGUGAUGAAUUAGACAAAGAACAAGAAGAUGUCACCAAUACCACCCGUAAAGAGCUUCAAGAACUUUCUUCAUCCAUUAAAGACCUUGUUCUCAAGUCCAGAAAAUCAUCUGUGACAGAAGAGUAAUGAUCUUAAUUUACUUAUGUCAUAUGGUAAACUUUUUCCCCCAAAGUUAAAGGUGAAUUGUUACAAAAAAAUAUUCACUUCACAAUCCUCAAUCCCUAUUAACAGCCCCUCCCACCCACACAAUUCAGUUAAAACAGUUGUGUUGUAUUCAAUGUAAAUCUCAUAAACUUGUGAAUUUUUCUAAA